UUUAUGACUCACAGCUGCACUUUCAUUUUCAUUUCAUUCUUUUUGCAGCCGAGGUCUAAAUGAGGACAGACGCAGCAAUAUAAUACAUUUUUCAGGUUUUUUAUUUAAAUCUUAAUAUUGAAAAAGUAAACACAUAAGGUAAGAAAAUGACUGAACCCACUGGGCUGACAAAAGAAGACAUGAGAGAAUGCCAUGAAACGAUCAUUUUUCUCAUCCCCACAUGUCAGAUUUUGGCAGUCAUUACUGUUCUCUUUUGGGUGUAUGUACAGUGUGCCAUUUUCCAGAAAUUUCUCGGAGUCAUGUGUUCUCUGGUCCUUACAAUAAUCAUGAUAUGUCUUCCGGAUUUUGAACUGAUAAUCAUCAUGUUGGUAUUAGAGAUUAUUGGAAUUGUUCUCUUCCUGCUGUGGAAAUUAAAUACACAUCAUACAUGGCCAACAAAUCUAAAGCAGCCAUUGAUAUCAAAGGGACUGUGGUCAUAUUCUAGACAAGUAACAAUCGAAACCCAGAAUAUUGACAGGACUCUGAAUUCUGGAUCCAAAUUUCUGGAAAAACUCUCAACACAACUAAGCAACAAGGGAAUAAACCUCAGCACGAAAAAAGCUGAAAUGUUUUCUUCCAAUAUGCUCAUGGUUUUCUGUCCUGUUGUCUCUCGCAUUGGGACUGAUAUUAAAGCAGCUCUUGAGGGUAUACCUACUGAGAAGAGAGUCAUCUUAGUGGUUAUGCACCACACACCAAAUCCUAAACUUGUUAUUAGUGACAGCAGAACGUAUGUUGAUAAACCAAAUAUUCUGGAAACAGUGGACUGCCUUUUCCAUGAGCAAAAUGGAUUUUAUGAUUGCAACACUAAUGUACAAGCAAUUCAGAGUGUAAGUGGAGCACUUGAAAAAGUGUCAGGUGAAUGCCCUCUGAAAGGUUAAUGCUUCUUGGAGUAAAUUAAGACCCCUUAUAUUAUAGAUUAUAUUUAAACCUUGAGGAGGGUGAAAAGCAGCUUCAGCUCUCAGAGGCACUUUAAUUAAAUGAGGAACAAAUAGUGUAGUGUUAUUGUUAACUGAAAAAUCUGGAGGUGGGCAAAUGGACGAGACACCCUUGAGUCUAAGAAGGAAACUAACUUACUCAAGAGGGAUAGCUUGAAUCUUUAGUUUUUCUUUUGUUUGCACAUUAAACUUCAGCUAAUGAAUCCCUUCAGCAGAAUAUGCAUAAAUAAAUGAUUUGCUUAAACCUUC